UUGAGUUAACAAGAACAUGAUGUCCGCACGAAACCUAUUCCAUAGCCCAAUCCAAAAUCCAAACCCAAAUCUCACCAAAAAAUGAUCAUAUUAACCAACCGCGAGCCAGAUCUCGGCCGCAAUGAAUGGCCCGGUCAACAUCCCUCCUCCUCCGUCAGCCGGCCAUACCCUCCGCGCCGCCGCCGCCAUCGCCGCCUCAGGCGACGCCGUUCAAGCCGCUCGUAUCCUCCUCGGUCGCCAUCGAGCCCGUCCUUCGCCACCCGAUACCUUCUCCGUCAACACCAUCCUCAAAAUCCUCUCUUUCUCCCCUUCCCCUCGCCGCACCCUCCCUUUCUUCUUCCGCAUGCUCGCCGCUGGAUUCUCCCCUAACUUUUUCACCUUUCCUUGCGUUGCGGCCUCGGCCGCCCGCUCUUCGGAUCUCACCGACGGAGAAAUCUCCCAUUCUCAAGCCUUUAAGCGUGGCGCAACCACUGCUUCUGUCUAUGUGGGCAACGCUUUCAUCACCAUGUACGCUGCAUGUGGCCUUGCUUGCGGUGCCCGUGCUCUGUUCGAUGAAAUGCCGCAGAGGGAUAUCAUCUCCUGGAAUGCGAUGGUUGAUGGAUACGUGAAGGUGGGUGACGUUGCAAGCGCUCGUGAGCUGUUCGAGCUAAUGCCUGAAAGAAAUGUUGUGUCUUGGAAUGCCAUGAUUAAUGGGUACUUGAAAGGAAGGUUGCCGCAGUAUGGGCUGAAGCUGUUUAGAGAGAUGAUGCGGAAUGGAUUUAGACCGAGCAUUACGACAUUGGUGAGCAUGGUGACGGCCUGUGGGCGUUUGGGUGCCAUCAAGGAUGGAAAGUCGGUUCACGGGCAAUACAUUAGGAAUUUUGAUGAUCAUAAUUUAGUUCUUGGGACAGCUUUGGUGGACAUGUACAGUAGGUGUGGGAAGGUGGAAGCUGCUAAAAGAGUGUUUGAUGUGAUCAGCGAGCGGAAUUUGGUUUGUUGGAAUGCAAUGAUUCGGGGGCAUUGUAUUCAUGGUUCACCGGAGGAUGGUCUCGCUUUGUUUGAAGAAUUAGUUUCAGGUGAACACUCAACAAGAAUUUCUCCGGAUGAAGUUACUUUUAUAGCAGUUCUGUGCGCUUGUGCCCGUGCGGAGCUUUUGGAUGAAGGCAAAAAGUAUUUCAACCAAAUGACGAACAUCUAUAAUCUCAAACCAACAUUUGCUCAUUAUUGGUGCUUGUCUAACCUCUAUGGCAGCCUAGGGUUCAUCCAUGAAGCAGUACAAGUACUAAUGGGCAUGCCCGAAGAAACCGAGUCUUUGAUUUGGAGUGGCCUGCUUGGACUCUGCAGAUUUCAUGGUGAUCUUGAACUGGGUGAAAGAAUAGCAAAGAGAUUAAUGGAGUUAGAGCCUUCCAAUAUCUCAGCCUACACAUUGCUUCAGAAUAUUUACGUUGCAGCUUAUAGAUGGGAGGAUGCUUAUAAGGUAAAAAACCUGGCAAAGGAAAGAAGAGUCAGAUUGAAGCCUGGUCAUAGGCUUGUGGAUUUGAAUGAUCUUGUUCAUAAUUUUAAAGUUGGAGAUAGGCUGCAGCCAGAGAUAGAUAAGAUCUACAUGAUGAUGGAUGAUUUGGCUUCAAGAAUCAAGUUGGCAAGUAGUGAACUAGAUUGUAUUAAAAGUGGCCAGCGAUAGAGUCUCAUGUUGGUAAUCUGAAUCAUUUCUUCUUCACUGCGGCCAUCUGAGAUUUCGCUGUGCUGAUCUUUCAUUGCCCAGAAAGCUCAGAUUGAAAUUCUUUUCUUCAAGUCAUACGUUCUAUUCCAAAAAAGCGCUGAUCUAAUCAUCAUGGAUCUGCAAUCUCUGAUGGUAAUCUCAGGCUUCGUUUGAGACGGUUUUCUUACUGCUUCUUAAAACUGUUUUUUAGUAUAAUAUUUUAAAAUUUUGUAUUAAAAAAUCGCUUUAAGAAGCAAUAAGAAAGCCGUCUCAAACGAAAUCUCAAUCAGAGUUCACGCGAAGCUCAAAGAAUUCAAAUAAACUGCUGAGUGUAAUUCAGCAAAAGUAUUUGUGCAAUUCCUCUCGAAAGAGAUGCGCUUGGUUUCAGGCCUGCCCAUGCCGGCAGCUGUGUUUGAGCUCAGUUCAGUUCUCUGCCAUCACGCUAACAUACAAACAUUCUUUGGAGGACAAUGAAGAUCACCUGGUGUAACAAGAAUAUGGCUUUUUUUUCUUGCCAUUGUUUGUUCUUGUCAAGGCCUGCUUCUGCUCGCAAUAUUAUUACUAUUGAUGGAGGCUAGUGCCUUGUCAGAGAUGGAGCCGCCCUGCCACUGCAUAUGGCAGCCAAUGGAUAGUUGUAAAUGGGAUUGCAACCUAAUCUUUUACCACUGAAGCUGUAUUUUAUGAGUUGUGUUAGCUCCCGUUGAUUUGUUUUAGGAUUUUCUUUUGCAUAGAUCAUUUUGGUAGAAAAUGACAGCAACAUCAAGCCUUUGUUCCACUAGGUGUGGUUGACUACAUGAAUCUUUUAAUUAUAUCUCUACCUUUCCUAACUUAAGCUAAAUCUAAUAUAUCUACUCUCUUGGCUGGGUCA